AUCCCUGGUGACGACAGGAGAGACUUCUCUCAACACAGAAGGCACGACGUUCGGUUUGACGGCCACCACAACCACCUUACUGUCCUGCACCGUCUCCUGGUUGUUGCACGUUACGUGGAUGCCAUACUUCUAAACACAAGGUGUCGUGACGCCAUAGUCUCUAACAACCGGAUGCGAUGGCACAUGCAUGCCGUCGGUUAGAGAGCUAACGCGCGCUGCCCAUCAAUUGGCGUUCUCCCAAACGAAGAUGGAGACGAGCUCGGAGCGCCGCAACAACCACUACGACGUGAUCAUCGUCGGUUUAGGACCUGUCGGCGCCGUGGCGGCGAAUCUGAUGGGCAGCUAUGGCGUGCGAACGCUCGUUUUGGAAAAAGAGCAGGAAAUCUACAAGGGACCGAGAGCGGUGGCGAUCGACUCGGAGACGACGCGUAUUUUUGGAAUGAUCGAUCUCGACGACUGGCUCGACAAGCACGUCGGCAAGGCUGAGUACCAGAUCUUGAGCGGGCCUGAAGGUCGAGGAUGGACGAUUAUGGACGUUCCAAGGCCCGCCCUUGAGUUUGGCUACAGUAAAAUAGGGUUCUUCUAUCAACCAACUGUCGAGUCGACGUUGCGUGAUAAUCUUGAAAAAUAUCCGAGUGUUCUUGUGUGGCUGGGGUACCACGUGGUGGGCGUUGCCGAGGGGUCGAAUGGCAUUGUACAUGUGAAGACAAAGUUUAUUGGUGGAAUGAACGAGGAGGUGUAUACGUGUAAGUAUCUGUUGGCGUGUGAUGGGGGAAGGAGCUCUGUGAGGAAACUGUUGAAGUUGAAAUACAAGGGCUCGGCUAAUCCUGAGAGUUGGCUUGUGUUGGAUGUUUCUUCCAAGAAUGAGGAGUUACAUCGAAAAUUGUCAAAGUGCACGUAUGUCAUCGCAGGCAGGAAUCCCUAUAUCCAUAUUCCUUUGCCAGAAAGCUGCCAUCGUUUUGAAUUUCUUCUGAACGACAAUGAUGAUCCACAAUCCUUGACCCAGGUGGACAGAGUUGAGGAGUUACUGGGCUCGAUAGGUGUUGAUGUGUCUGAUCUUGUCUUCCAUAGACGAAUCAUUUACAAGUUCCAUUUACGAUCCGCUGAACGAAUGAAUGUUGGCCAUACAUUUCUUCUUGGGGAUGCAGCGCAUUGUUUGCCUCCAUUUCGUGGGCAGGGCAGUACAGGAAUGUGUUGCGGUAUUCGUGAUGCUGCCAAUCUUUGCUGGAAGAUUGCUCUCUUUGUAAACGGAACAUUGCAGCCUGGAUCUGUGGUGAGGAAGCCGUUAUUGUCAUCGACUUCAGGGAAUGAGGUCACGCCUGGACAAGUUUAUUUUGAUCGACUUGCUAGCAGUUACCACAAGGAGAGGAGUCCACACGUCGAAUUGAUGAUGCGGCAUGCGUUAUUGUAUGGAAGUCUGACUAAACUUCGAAAUCCCAUUGCGACAUUUGUUCGCGACGUUUUCUUUACUGCAGCAGUUCAGCUGCCAUUUGUCAGACGUCUAGUGUGGGAAGACAGCGUAAAACCCGCUCCCACUGUCGUUAGUGGCUUCAUUGAUGAUCAGUCUAGUGCCACUGCUGGAUUGUUGUUUCCACAAUCGUAUGUAAUGGUAGGGGGCAAGAGGAAGCUAUUGGAUAAGGCUUUGGGAUGUGGCUUUGUUGUCAUGGGAUGGGAACAAAAUCCCAAGCUUCUGUUAAACAUGGACUGUCAGUCUAAGCUCACAAGUCUCGGUUGCACAUUCGUCACAGUUUUCCGAGAGCAAUCCUCAGAACAGCAGUCAGACUACUUUAGUGGUUGUAUUGCCAUUGAAGACACAGAAGGUGCCAUCGGCUCUUGGUUUGAGAAAUACAAGGCCAGUUUUGUCCUACUCAGACCGGACAGGUUUGUGUUCGGACAUGCCGACAACUCGCUCGAUGCCAGCAGCGAAUUGAUCGGUCGAUUUCACAACAUGCUGACCAAACAGAAGGCUCUUACAGUCCGCAAACCGCCGUUGGUGUUGCUCAAGUAUGUCAGCAAAUGUAAAGUAGCGACGGGCAUCAUUGUGGUUAUCAUCAUCAUGUGCAUCAUUCUUCUUCUGUAUGCUUUUCUGUUGUGAGGAUUAAUGGACUGAAACCAGGCGAGUGACUGAUCAAGUGACUGUAGCUAACGAUGCACUUUGGGAGAGACUUGAUGCACGUGUAGUGUACUGCUGUUUGUAUGUAUAAUGUAGAUUUCAUUGCAACAUUUAUUGUAAGAGUAGGUGUAUAAUUGCGAAUCAAAUAAAUGUACUAUUAGAGAGUGAUGGAAA